AGAGACACAGGAACCAGAUGACAGGCAGUGACUGAGAAGAGUGGCGGGCACAGUAAGACGUUUCCAAGACACAUGACUGGGUGACACAGUAAGCAGCAGUGCAGGCAACUAGUGACAGGCACGUGGUGAGACUAAUGAUCUCGGAGGGAUGUGGCACAAACCUACCCUCUUUACGGGCACUUUCACACGUGCACAGGAUUUUCUGCUGCAGAUUCCAAUGUAAACCAAAUGACUGAGCUCCGCUUCUAAUCUGCAGUUACAAAUCCAGCGCAUCAAAUCUGCGCAGGAUCCUGUAUGUGUGAACGUACCCUAAAGGGUAGAAGAAUGUGUGAAAGUUAAAGGGACUGGGUGGCAAGUGCCAAAGUGAUGGGCAGAUAGUGACAGAUGCAUUUAAGAGAAGGAGGGGCUGGCAACACACACAUCCACACACACACGUGACCCCAGUGUGACAUCCACCUGGUGCGACACUGACACCGAAGGAGAAGCUCUGAGAUAGUUCCAUGGGUGCAGUGGAGCAUUACGUGUCAGAAUGCAUAGAGAAACUAGGAUGCAUAGCCUGUCAGCAGAGCUCCCCGUGCAGGGCACACCGGAGCUGCAGAGCACUUUAAAGAUGCCAAAUAUGUUGCGGAUGCAGAGCAUCGAACUGCACUGCCUAACAGGUAUACAGAGGAAGACCGAAACGCAGAGCUCAGUGGACAUGCGAAGCGCGGCGGAGAUACAAGGCGUGACAAGGAUUCCGAGUGCGACAGAUGUGCAGAGCACGGUGAGAAAAAAAGGUCCGGUGGGAAUUCAAAGUGAAAAACUUACGCUGACCGCUGAAGAGUUACAGAAUUUGCCAACGGCCCAGCAGAACAAAUACGGGCCCUGCGCCCAUGAUACCCGCCACUUACCCCACGCCAACUGCUCCUAUAGUCAGGACUAUAACGUGGAAGAGGCUGAAGAUUAUGCCCAAGAUGAUGGACAUCUAUCAUACUCCUUACCCCUUCCACACUCCUUCACUCGCACCACAAGCCCCGGGUCCCAAAAGUCAGAAAAGGUGCAGGUAAACCUGGCCAACUACACCUUAUGGGACAAAUUUCACAAGCAUCAGACAGAGAUGAUCAUCACGAAGCAGGGCAGGCGCAUGUUCCCAUUUCUCAGUUACCGUGUGUCCGGCCUGGACCCUCUGGCUCAGUACACUCUACAUGUGGAUGUGGUUUUGGCGGAUCAGAACCACUGGAGAUUCCAAGGUGGAAAGUGGAUCCAAUCUGGCAAGGCUGAGGGCAACAUGCCAGGAAACCGAAUUUACCAACAUCCUGAUUCUCCCAACACUGGUGCACACUGGAUGAGACAGGAACUGACAUUCAGCAAACUCAAAUUGACCAACAAUAAAGGAGCCUCUACUAACCUGACACAGAUGGUGGUUUUGCAGUCUCUUCACAAGUACCAACCUCGACUCCAUGUGACACGCUUGUCAGAUUUAGACAAUCCCGAGCCUCAGAGUCAUACCUUCACCUUCCCCGAGACGCAAUUCAUAGCAGUCACUGCUUAUCAAAAUGCUGAGAUCACACAGCUGAAAAUUGAUCACAAUCCAUUUGCUAAAGGAUUCAGGGAUCAUUGUGAAGCACAAGUACCCAGCGGAAUGAUGGGGUUGUGUCUCCAGUCUGUAGGGGAGCGCCUCACCCCAUCUCCGCCAGUCCGUUAUCCUCCACCUUACUUGCAAGACCCUUUACAAACCACCCGCCUUUAUUCUGUGGAGCAGAAAGAUCCACCACCUUGGUAUUUGUCCUCACAAAGUAUCGCUCCACAUCGGGACUACACACAUUACGAAACAACAAGCAAGAUGGCUGCAGCCUAUGCAAUGAAGUGUUAUCCACAGCCAGCUCCUUUAGCAUAUUACACAGAUACCCUGGGCUCCACCUGGGCAGGACCAGCACAAUACCACCCCAAACCAAGCCCGGGAGCCACAAGUUGGUUUCAUCCCUUUUUAGAUAACCGGGGCAAAGAGGAAGAGUGCAACCACUGGGGAGACCUCACAGCUUACGUCGAGGACAGCAAACGAAGGAGACUGUCACCUUACAGAUCUGAUGGGUCUUCCCACACGUGCGACAGAGACACAGACAUUCCCUUCCCCGGGUUCUACAGCCAAUGACACAAAUUACAAACUCUUUGACAUUUAUUAAGUAUUACUGUUUUAAGGUCGGGACAUUACAAGUAAUUUCGGACUUACUAUGGGCCAACGGCUGUCCGGGCAUGCUGGGAGUUGUAGUUUUGCAACAGCUGGAUGCACCCUGGCUGGGAAACACUGUGUUACACACAUCCUGUAUAGAUCUUUAGACAUUACACACCAUGUACGCUGUGGUCUUGCUAAUAAAAUAUUUUAUACAUGAUACAUUUUUCCUCCCAUCCCAACCUGUAAUAUGUGUCCCAGGUAUUGAAAUAUCUCCAGCCGUACGGAAGUUAUGUGAGAACAUACAUUUCCCAUUGAUUUGCAUGGUACUUUAAACAAAAGCCCCGACCCUCACAAAUGGAGGUAGUUAAGGGUUAAAUUACCUAUCCUAUAUUUUAAGUGGACAUAUAAGUAACAUGUGACCAAGUAUUAUCGGAAUAUCUCCAGCCGUUUGGAAGUUAUGCAGUAACAUAUAUUUCCCAUAGACUUGUAUGGGACUUUAAACAUAAACCCCCGCCCCUGGCAAAUGGGGGUGAGUAAGGGUUAAAUUACCUAUCCUAUGUUUGUUGUUGACAUAUAAGUAACAUGUGGCCAAGUUAAAUGUUAAUAUCUUUAGCCGUUUGGACGUGAUGCUGGAACAUACACACACACACAUACAUACAUACAUACACACACACACAUACACACACACACACACACACACACACACACACAUAUAUACAUACACACACA